AUGGAGGACGACUAUGGAGCCGACGAUGCGCUCCUGGAAGCCAUGGCGGCCACCGUCGCCGCGCCGCCCGCUCGCCCGCCGCAGCAACCGACACCUCGGCUGAUGCAGCAGCCGAUGCCCCAGCGGCUCGACAAACCUCCACCGGCCCAUCAGCCGGCCAGCAAGAUCGUGCAGCCGACGCCGCAGGCUCUCCCCAAGCGGCAUGCUGCUUCGGCCAUCCUCGUCUCCCCGCGGCAGCGAGGCAACCCCGUCCUGACGAGCAUCCGAUCGAUGCCGUGGGAGUACAGCGACAUCCCCGCCGACUACGUCCUGGGCCUGACCACCUGCGCCCUGUUCCUGAGCCUCAAGUACCACCGCCUCCACCCCGAGUACAUCUACACGCGAAUCCGGAACCUGCAGGGCAAGUACAACCUUCGGAUCCUCCUCACCAUGGUCGACAUUCCGAACCACGAAGACGCGCUGCGCGAGCUCUCCAAGACGUCGCUCGUCAACGACGCCACCGUCAUGCUCUGCUGGUCGGCGGCCGAGGCGGCGCGCUACAUCGAGCUCUACAAGUCGUACGAGAACGCCAACUUUGCCGCCAUCCGCGGGCAGCAGGCGUCCAACUACGCCGACCGACUCGUCGACUUUGUCACCGUGCCCCGAAGCCUCAACAAGUCGGACGCCGUCGCCCUCGUCGCCCAUUUCGGAAGCCUGCGAAACGCCAUCAACGCCGAUGCGGAGCAGCUCGCCCUCCUCGCCGGCUGGGGCGGCGUCAAGGUCAAGCGGUGGACCUCGGCCGUCGAGGAGCCCUUUCGCGCCCGGAAGGCGGCCAAGAGGGUGCCGGUGCGCUCUCGACGAGCCGGGGCCACCGUCGGUGCGGCAUCUCGUGAGGCGACCAUGGACGGCAGCUCGGCGUCGACGCAGUUCCGGUUCCUCGCCGACGACGACGACGACGACGACAACGACGACGAUGAGGAGGCCCUUUUGGCCGCCAUGCAACGGUCGAAAAAGACGUCGCAGCCGGAAGGAGCGCCGUCCGCUUCCGGAAGCCGAUCGGACGGUGCGGCCGACGAGGAGCUCGGCGGUGGCGUCGCCGCCGCGCUGGCCAAGCUCCGCGAGAAUGGGUGA